AUGUUGGCUGCUGUGCUGGCACCGACAAGGGCUGUGACGGAAAGGGUACCGUCCACAAGGGCGACCUCUGAUGUUGCAUCGGGGACAGCGACUGAACCCAAAGGUGUGUCCAAGAGCUUCAUGAGCGGUGGUGACCAACCCGAUGAAAGAGCAAAUAUCUCUCCUCUGUCGAUUGCGUCAUCGCUCAAGAAUCUUUUGGAGCGGUCGCGCGUCGAGAUCGCCAACAGCUUUCGAGUUCGACAGUGGCUCCGGAGCAAACAAACCGUCUAUGACGUUUUUCUGCGGUUGAAGCUCAACGCUGGACUGGAUGAAUCUCUGCUCAGUCCACACUUCUACACUUGGAUCAACUUCGUGGAUAUUUUCAACAAGCACCAUCCGAACAACAAGGUUUCCGCUGCGCUUGUGCUCUCGUGGACGUACACGGAUCUGGUACUCGCCAGAAAGAGUGAAGCGCUUAUCGAAAAGAGCGACCAAAUCGGGACCCGAUUGGCGAGGGAGCAGCGAGAAAAGUGGCGCGAUGCUAAGCAUUCCGCAGAUGCCGUUUUCGAGCUGCUCAAGCUGCACGAGCCAGGCCUGAACAUCUUUGAGCGUCCAGAGUUGAACGCGUGGUGCAAGUUCGUACUGUUUAUGGAAAGAGAGAACGCCAGGAAGGUCAUGGCCUCCGUCGUAUCGAGAUACUACAGUGCUGACGAGUUUGACAAGCUGCUUCUUGGUCCGAAGCUGGACCGCAGCGGUUCGCAAAGGGCAUUCGUGGAACUGGGAACAGCGUUCGUGCGGCAACAGAGUUUAAAGAGGUCUUCAAAUGUUUAA